GAAGCGGACGGGUCAAACCCACACCGCAUUCCCGCCCACCACAAUGCUCAUCAACUGAACAAACCAAACCCCAAACCAGACCACAACCGCAGCCGCCGCUUCCACCCCACCGCCACCAAUGUUAAAAUUCUACGAACAGAUAAUCGGAGACCUCCUGGAGGACUCUAGCGGCGGUCUUGUAAUCCUCUCCGGCGGCCUCGGCCUCUUUAAACUAAUAUCCUAUCUUCUCCACCUUCACGAUCCCUCUCAAGGCUCCCUUCUCAUCCUCUCCGCUUCUCCUUCCCAAAAAUCCUCUAUUCUCCGCAAUUACCAAGACACCCUGAAUCUCGAAACGCCGAUUUCGACCUCUGAAAUCACCUUCGAUCUUCCGGCUCCGCAGCGCCUCUCCCUCUACGGCUCUGGUGGAAUCUUCUUUAUCACCGCCCGGAUAUUAAUUGUCGACUUACUCACCCACCGCCUACCGACUACUGCUGUUGCCGGAAUUAUUCUUCUUAAUGCGCAUUCACUUUCUGAUACUUCUACUGAGGCAUUCAUCGUGAGGAUUUUGAGGUCUUCUAAUCGGUCUCUCUACGUUCGAGCCUUUUCCGACCGGCCCCACGCAAUGGUCUCGGGCUUUGCUAAAGCUGAAAGGACACUCAAGUGCCUUUUCCUCAGGAAACUCCACCUUUGGCCUAGGUUUCAGGUACAUGUUUCACAGGAUUUGGAGAGGGACCCGCCGGAGGUGGUUGAUAUUCGGGUGCCAAUGUCACCCUACAUGAUUGGGAUUCAGAAAGCGGUGAUUGAGGUAAUGGAUGCUUGUUUAAAGGAAAUGAGGAAGACGAACAAGGUUGAUGUCGAGGAUUUGACUGUUGAGAAUGGAUUGUUCAAGUCGUUCGAUGAGAUAGUAAGGAGGCAGUUGGAUCCUAUUUGGCAUACAUUGGGGAAGAAGACAAAACAGCUUGUUUCCGAUUUGAAGACACUGAGGAAGUUGUUGGAUUACCUCGCCAGGUAUGAUGCGGUGACUUACUUGAAGUAUCUGGACUCGCUGAGAGCCUCAGAGAGUUUUCGAUCUGUUUGGAUCUUCUCUGAGUCUAGUUACAAGAUUUUCGAGUACGCAAAGAAAAGGGUUUAUCAUUUUGGUAGGUCAGAUGGUGGAAAAUCCUUAGUCCCAAGUAAGACACUAUCCACCAAGAAGAGAAAACUAGAAAAAAACAAGAGCGAGGAUGAUUCCUCUGCAAGGGCAAAUAGUGGGUUAGUUUUGGAGGAAGUCUUGGAGGAGCCUCCAAAGUGGAAGGUGUUGCGUGAGAUUCUUGAAGAGAUACAAGAGGAAAGAGAGAAGCAAGUGUCUUCAAGGGAAGAACUAAUACAUGAAGGGGAGACAGAAUACAAUGGAAUGGUUCUAGUAGCUUGCAAAGAUGAACGCUCAUGCAUGCAGCUUGAGGAUUGCAUCACGAAGGGCACCCAAAAGGUUUCUAAAACUCUCAGCUGUUUCUGUGCAUUUUUCGAUGAGUUGUCAGCAAUUUUUGAGUUUGCAAUUUGGGGGAUUUUGGUUGUUAUUCUGACGACAUCUGGUAGAGUUAGGGGAGGUGGUUGGAUGGGAUGUGUAGAGGGGAAUGAGGGCUCCUCAGUUAUGUGUGGAUCUUACGGUUUAGGCAGUGGUGCCAGCUGUGGGGAGGCUGAUUUUUGCAGAUUCAUUGAUUUUAUUUUUAUUUGGGUUCCAUUUGGCAAUGGAGAAGGUGGCAACGGAGGUGGAGGUGGUUGUGGAUUUGGUGGCAGUGGUUUGAUUUUGAAAUGUGAAAUUCUUUCUGAAUUCCUAACUUAUUUCUAUGAUUCUGUGAUUUAUUGUUAUCGCUUGGACAACUAUCAGGAUGCACACUUGCCAGAAGUAAAUUCUUCCCUUGAACCACAAUCCACAACUGCUCAAAAUUUGAUUACCAGAAAAGCAGGUGGAAAGAAGGAAGCAGAAAAAGAAAUGCAGGUCAUAGUGGACAUGAGGGAGUUUAUGAGCAGCCUUCCAAAUGUACUGCACCAGAAAGGUAUGCGCAUCAUACCAGUUACCUUGGAAGUUGGAGAUUACAUACUUUCCCCAUUGAUAUGUGUAGAACGGAAGAGUAUACAAGAUCUUUUUGGCAGUUUUUCAUCUGGUCGUCUAUACCACCAAGUAGAAAUGAUGUCACGCUAUUAUCGGAUACCAGUUCUCCUUAUCGAGUUCUCACAAGAUAAAAGCUUUUCAUUCCUGUCCGCAAGCGAUAUUGGGGAUGAUGUUUCACCAAAUAGCAUAAUAUCCAAACUAUCCUUGCUGGUUCUCCAUUUUCCUCGUCUGCGCAUUCUCUGGUCUCGGAGCUUGCACGCUACUGCAGAAAUUUUCACUACUCUUAAAGCAAACCAAGAUGAACCCGAUGAGGCAAGGGCAAUUAGAGUUGGUGUCCCAUCAGAAGAGGGUAUUGUUGAAAAUGAUGUUAGAGCGGAAAAUUUCAACACGUCUGCUGUGGAGUUUCUAAGGCGGCUGCCAGGUGUGACAGAUUCGAACUACAGGUCGAUUAUGGAAGAGUGUAAAAGCUUGGCCGAACUUGCCCUCCUUCCAGUUGAGAGGCUGGCAGAAGUAAUGGGGGGUCUUAAAGCUGCAAAAACCUUGAGAGACUUUCUUGAUGCCAAGUAUCCAACCUUGCUUUAGGCUUUGGGACAGAGUGAGUUCACUUUGCUCAUCCAACGACUCCCAUAAUUUACCCCUUAGCUUGUCCUUAAAUGUUUGUCGAACCGGAAUAAAUGUCUCUGCCUAUGCCAUUUGGUAGAUGACUUGUAAUCUUCAAUUUGCUUCUUUAUUGUAUUUUUAAGCUCCAACUUGGAGCUCUGUGUAGUCUGUAGUUUCUUCAGUGUAAUUUUAUUGGUAUACUCGCCAAUUCACCGCCCAUACAUGGUAAUAAAAUGAUUUUUCUCUCA